AGAAAAGCUCACAUGUAAAUCGAUUGGAAUCACCAAAAGGAAUCUAAACAAUUAUGAGGUGGAAUACUUGUGUGACUACAAGGUAGUAAAGGAUAUGGAAUAUUAUCUUGUAAAAUGGAAAGGAUGGCCAGAUUCUACAAAUACUUGGGAACCUUUGCAAAAUCUCAAGUGCCCAUUACUACUUCAGCAAUUCUUUAAUGACAAGCGUAAUUAUUUAUCUCAGGUACAGAAAGGCAAAGCAAUAACUCUAAAAGAAAAUCACAGUUCUUUGCAACCUGCCAUUGCUGAGUAUAUUGUAAGGAAGGCUAAACAAAGGAUAGCUCUGCAGAGAUGGCAGGACGAACUCAACAGAAGAAAGAAUCACAAAGGAAUGAUUUUUGUUGAAAAUACUGUGGACUUAGAGGGCCCACCUUUAGACUUCUACUACAUUAAUGAAUACAGACCAGCUCCUGGAAUCAGCUUAGUAAACGAAGCUACCUUUGGUUGUUCAUGCACAGAUUGCUUCUUUGAGAAGUGUUGUCCCGCUGAAGCUGGAGUUCUUUUGGCUUAUAAUAAAAACCAACAAAUUAAAAUCCCACCUGGUACCCCUAUUUAUGAAUGCAACUCAAGGUGUCAGUGUGGACCCGAUUGUCCCAAUAGGAUUGUACAAAAAGGCACACAGUAUUCACUUUGCAUCUUUCGAACCAGCAAUGGCUGUGGCUGGGGUGUAAAAACCCUUGUGAAGAUUAAAAGAAUGACUUUUGUCAUGGAAUAUGUUGGAGAGGUAAUCACAAGUGAAGAAGCUGAAAGACGGGGGCAGUUAUAUGACAACAAAGGAAUCACGUAUCUCUUUGAUCUGGACUAUGAAUCUGAUGAAUUCACAGUGGACGCAGCUCGAUACGGAAAUGUGUCUCAUUUUGUGAAUCACAGUUGUGACCCAAAUCUUCAGGUGUUCAAUGUUUUCAUUGAUAACCUCGAUACCCGUCUUCCCCGAAUAGCAUUAUUUUCCACGAGAACCAUACAUGCUGGAGAAGAGCUCACUUUUGAUUAUCAAAUGAAAGGUUCUGGAGAUAUAUCUUCAGAUUCUGUUGACCACAGCCCAGCCAAAAAGAGGGUCAGAACUGUGUGUAGAUGUGGAGCUGUGACUUGCAGAGGUUACCUCAACUGAAUUUUCAGGAAAUAGAGGUGAUGGUGAUUGUAGUUUUUUCUUCUUCUAAUGUUAACAUUUUAAAAAAAACAAAUAUUUGGGACUCUCUUCACAUUACCAAGAUUAUACAUUGUGUUAAUUUACAAUUCAUGUUUCAAGCUAUUGGCCAAAUGCAUUACUGACACUUCGAAGAGAGGAACACAGGGUCACACAGACUAACUUGAAAUACCCAGUGGCCAAAUUUAGUUUGAAUUAUAAUUGUCACAGGUUCAAAGAUAUAAUUGUAACAUUCUUUUUAAAAAAAGUCAGUGUUUUACAGUCUAGUUAUGUGAUCUGUCUGUUCUGUAUGUUAAAAAUGUAAAACCAGAGGGCAAAGGGAAAAUGUCUAUUUUCAGUAAACUCGUUUUGUCUUGUCCUUAUUCGUAGAAAUGUAAUGGGCCUUUGCGACUUUAAAUACCUGCAUUACCCUUAGGUUGUUAAAAAGAUGAACUUAAGCAAUAAAAUAGAAACUAUUUAAACAAAGCUGUUAGGAGCUUUAACUAUUUUAAGUCAACAUUAGCUUCUUUAAAUUGGUUUCCUGAAUUGUGAGAAUUUGUUCUCUCAAUAUAAAGCAAAUAUUCAAGGGUAAUAUUUAGAUCAAGUUUAAACUGUGAAUUAAUCCACUGUAUGAGUUAUAUUGAUGCAUUGUUUUCAGUGUCUGCAGAAGAGGACUGAUACACAAUUGAUAAUCUCAGGGUUUUUUCCCCACAAAUGCACAAAAUCUAGACUGCACUUAUUUUUCUUAUAGUUCAACAGUUUCUCUUUAAAUUUAGUUUGGUAUUUGAUUUUCUAUUUAUCAUGGCUUAGCUUUAUUUCUGAAUAUUUUACUGUCAUUUGUAGUAAAGCUACAUACAAAAAGGCAGAAAAGUACUGAUGUAUUCCUGACUACCUGUUAUUGAGAUCAACCAAAGGUUUCUAUACCAUUCCUUUCAAUGAUUUGUCUUUGUCAGGGUUCAUGUGUUUGAAUAUUAAAGUAGAUUUUUACACUUAGCAUAAUGUAGAUGGAUGCUUUGUAAAACUUUUGACAUUAUUUGUCACCGGGUACUUAAAUGUAUUGUGCCAAGCCCUGCCUGGAAGUGCAGAGGAGUUUUAGAAUUACAGCUGCUGUUCUUUGAGCAAGUCAUAGGCCUGUUAUAUGUACUCAUGUGCUUCUCAUAAGUCGAUGAGACUGGCGUCUUCCCUAAAACACUGAAGAAACAGGCUGAGACUGGCUAGAUGACAUUAACAUGCCCAAGAUCAUAAACUGUACCUAUUUUUAACAUACUUAACCAACUUCAGGCAGACUUUUAAAAAAAAACAUUAAUUUCUACUCUUAGUUCAAACAAACAUCUAAGCCUUGGAUUCCUCUUUAAGGCAAACGUGUCUAGCCACUGGGUUUCUUUUGUGAUAUAUCUUGGCAUUUGAAUUUUUUAUCACUUCUCCUUUUACACUUCACAGUUCUUGAAGUUAAAAUGAAGUAGCCGUUGCAAUUAAUCCUGCCCACUUUUAUGCUCUUGAGAGGCUUGAGUGCACAGCGGUUAAGAGCAUGGACUCAGGCCUGGAGUGCCUGUUCGAGUCCUGGCUUCACCCCUCACUAGCUUCGUGUGCUGACCUCUCAGUGCCUUAGCCGCCGUGUCUCUGAAUGGGGAUGAUAAACGUACCUACCUCAAAGGGUGGUUGUGAGGAGUAAGGGAGUUAAUGUACAGUGUGGAGAAGAAGUAGGCUUUGUCACAGUAAGCACCAUGUGUAAGUAUUACUGUAAUUAUUCUGUACUAUAAACCUGUACUUUAAAAGC